AUGGCGCUCCUACCAAUAGGACCGUGCAGGGCGAUAGGUCCAGUAGCUGCCGGCGUGUCUUACCCAGUUUAUAACGCAUUUAUAACAAACGUGGCCUUCACAGUUGGAGCUGCGAUGUACUUUCGUUAUUCCGUAAUGAAGAUGGUGGCUAUGACUCGCGCCAAAGUCAUUGUAACCAUGCUCCUUUCCUAUGUUUUACCAGUCUGCAUGAUUACACCCACAUUAUCACGGAAAGAUUAUGAGUAUGUAAUGUCUGUGGUAUUGGCAGAAUAUCCUGAAAUUGCAAGUUAUGGGCCAUUCGGUGGCGUUAUUACUACUCAUAUUGGCUACAAAAAGAACACGCUGAUACUUAUCAUAGGAUCAUUUGUCUUGCCAGCACUCAUAUUUUAUUGGCGUCGCCUUAUCGUUAGACGCCUCGACACUAUCAGAUCUAGCCUCUCAGAGAAAACCUUCACAUCUUCAAGAAUGCUCGUC